GACUAUAUUUUUGGGUAUCAAAAAGUUCAUGCGAUCAGCCAAACCCCAGCUCCUCUGGUAACCCUCCAGAUGCAGUCAACCCCCAACCCCUCCCCACCGUCCCUUCCCUCUCCCGAUGCGUCCUGCCAAACCCCAGUAUCUCUACUAAUCCUCCAGAUCCAGUCAACCGCCCCUCCCCACCGUCUCUUCCCUCUCGGAAUGUGAUUAAUAUUACUUCUGCUCCCGCUGCCAGAGGGAUGGAGCUUCUCUCUUGUUGGAUUCGUGGGUUCUUUCUUUCUUCUUUCGAGUCGCAGGAAAUCUGAAACAUUUCGUUCCAAGUUAGAGUUCGAUCACCAAGAAAAUCUCGGAUCUUUUAAGUGGAUGCACACCUAACUUGCGCGAGCCUUGCAUUUUUGGGCUUUGAGCCAGGAGCGAGCCCAAGUCAGUGCAGAGGAGGGAAGAAGUUAAGAUUCGGUUUGUUUCUUCCGGUCGGGAUGAAGAUGGAGAGGGUAUGCGUUCCCAGGUGCAACUUCACCAGAAUUAUGGCCCUUCUACAGAUCAUCCUAGGCAUCUUCGUCAUCCUAAUCAGCAUUGCCAGCCUCCACCGCUUUUACUCCGUGGGCUACUUUCUCCACAGCACUGAUGGAGAGUCCUGUCAGAAAUUCCACACCAUCAACGAUGGCUACGCUGACUUCGACCUCAAGGCCCUUAAUGAUCGGAUGGAGGAGGUACUCAUCCGGCUCUCAGAGCUUCAGGACAAACUUGAAUCCACCAUUCAAAAGCUGGACAAGGAGAGCAAAGGCCGAUCUGCAGCUAAAACCAUCUCUCGGACUGAGUUCAGGAUGUUCCUGGAAGAGGAGGUGAUCCAGCCGCUUUACAGUGCCCAUGUCGCGCUCAGGCUCAUUCGCAUUCCCCAGCCGGAUGCUGUUCGAGCUCCUGGGUCCCCGAUGGAGGACCCUUUGAUAAAUUUCUUCACGGUGGAGGAGACACGCAAGUACAUCACGGGAAAGGGCAAUCGGAACGGGAAAGCGAGCGUAUUUGGCACGAAUAAGACCUACAACACGAUCGGCCAUGCUUGCGUCCUGAUGAGAAACGAGCUGGAGGAGUACAUGAAUUAUGACAUCGGCUCUUAUUGCAGGGACGACUGGAAUCUAGCGCAGAAGCUGAUGUUGGGUGGCUGCGACCCCCUCCCCCGGAGACGGUGCUUGGCUCGAGCAUCGAGACUCUAUCAGAGGCCGCUUCCGAUCAACGAAUCCCUGUGGACAAUGCCAGAUGACCGCAACGUGAGGUGGAGUAAUUACAACUGCCGGGACUUCAAGUGUUUAUCGAGCAGGAAUCCGAGAAGGGGCUUCUCCAAGUGCACUGGAUGCUUCGAGCUCCACAAGGAGAAGCUGAAGUGGGUCACCAACACCUCGCUCGCAGACUUCCUCAUUGGUGAUGUCCUUGCGGUGAAGCCAGGAGAGAUCAGGAUCGGACUCGACAUCAGUAUCGGAACAGGGAGUUUUGCAGCGAGGAUGCGGGAGCGGAACGUAACCAUCGUGUCCGCUUCCUUGAAUGUGGGCGCGCCAUUCGGUGAGAUGAUUGCACUUAGGGGUUUAAUCCCCCUGUACGCAACACUUAAUCAGCGGCUGCCUUUCUUCGACAACACGCUGGAUUUGAUACAUACCAGCGUCUUUCUUGAUGGGUGGAUCGACCUCCAGUUGUUGGACUUCGUGUUGUUCGACUGGGACCGGGUGCUGAGACCGGGAGGCCUGUUGUGGGUGGACAAGUUCUUCUGCAACAGGAAGGAUCUGGAUGACUACAUGUACAUGUUCCUGCAGUUUAGGUACAAGAAACACAAGUGGGUGGUUUCCUUCAAGUCCAAGGACGACGUGUAUCUGUCUGCCUUGUUAGAAAAGCCACCCAGGUCAUUGUGAUCUUUAUCAAACAGGUGGCUUCUCGAGUAGCAGACAUUAAACGCCCUGUUUCCCUGAUGAUGCAGCUGAACGUAAGUUCCGAUCUUUGAUCUCUUAUCCGCUUGAGUAGUAGCUCAAACACACGAUCGUCAUGUUAGCAUUAACAACCUUUGUAAGCUUUGCUGCAUCCAUAAUAGACUUUACCAUCGUUUCUCUAAUA